AUGUCCCUCAUGGCUGUAUGUGAUCACAAAAAGAUGUUCAUAAAGAUCAAGGUUGGACAUCCAGGUAGUCAAAAUGAUACACAUAUCUUUACAACAAGUUAUUUUUAUAAUGAUAUGAUUCACAAUCCCCAAGCACUCUUUCCUGAUCUAAGAUCAUACAUAGUAGGAGAUUCAGCAUAUCCAAUUCUUAAGCAUUGCAUGAUCCCAUAUAGCCAUUCAACAACUGUUCGACGUGAAAAGCACUUCAACAAGCAUCUGUAUGUUCUUACCACAGAAAGAAUGUACAUUGAUGAUUCGCAAUAUGAAGAACCCACAAUGUAUGGAUUUGCUCGUACCAAUAACAUGGAUGGUACAACUUUAGACAUUGUAAACAAUGAUAAUAAUAACAAUGACAACUCUGACAAUGAUGAUGAUGAUGCUACCAUUACGCCAGUACUCUCUACACGAUCAAGAGCUAGACUUAGUACAGAGGGAAAACUUAGAAGAGAUGAAGAGAAAGAUUCUUUAUAUAUUGUCUCAUAA